AUGGCCACCGUUCGAUUGCGCCGCAAGGCUGCUCGGAUGGCCCUGUCGCCUACUGUUGACAGACCGUCUCUGCCAUCUGCUAACAAGCCACGACGGGAACGGGCUGGUCCCUUUGCCUCGAUGAAUCAGACUCAGGCACGGAUUCGAGACACACCACGCACACGAUCACAGGCGGCCCUCAAGCGUUCAGGGGAGGAGGGCAAGGCGGAGAAGAAGGAAAGCCCAUUAUACAGAGCAUUAAAGAUGCAGACAACAUUGACACCUGUGCCUUAUGGCCGACGUUCUGCUAUCAAAGCACGACUUGCCGACAUCACCAGCUUCGACCACUUCCCUCUCCUUCCCGCCGUUCGACAGUCGAUCUUCACCCAGGCUCUGGCUGGUCUCAGUGAGGUUAGCCCAACGCCAAUUCAAAGACUCGCGAUCCCCGAACUGUUGCUGGACGAAUCCAAGAAGAAGAAGAAAGUGAAGCAGGCAACCGAAGAUGAAAUUGAAUACAAUUUUGACCAGUACCUCCUGGCAGCAGAGACUGGCUCAGGAAAGACCCUCGCCUACUUGCUUCCAGUCAUCGAUGCUGUCAAGCGUGCUGAAGCCCUCGAUAUCCAGGAGGAGAAAGCCCUUGAGGAACGGAAGGCGUUAGAGCGGGAGGAGAGAAUGAAGAACAAGGCGUUCGAUCUGGAGCCCGAGGAGCCGCCAAUGACAAACGCGGCUCGCCCCCGGGCCAUCAUUCUCGUUCCCACUUCCGAAUUGGUAUCUCAGGUUGGUUCCAAGCUCAAGGAGUUGGCCCACACCGUCAAGUACCGGUCGGGCGAAAUCUCAUCAACUUUCACUCCCCGCCGGAUCAAGAACACCCUCUUCCACCCUGCCGGCAUUGACAUUCUAGUUUCAACUCCUCACCUUCUGGGCUCUGUUGCUAGGUCGAACCCCAAUAUUCUCAGCCGAGUCACUCACCUUGUACUUGACGAGGCCGAUUCCCUAAUGGACCGGUCGUUCAUGCCAACAACGUCUGAGAUCAUUGCUAAGGUUACGCCGUCACUCAAAAAGCUGAUUCUUUGCUCGGCCACCAUUCCUCGCAGUCUCGACAACCAGCUGCGCAAGCGCUUCCCUGAUCUCCAGCGUCUGACGACACCAAACCUGCACGCCAUUCCCCGUCGCGUGCAGCUAGGUGUCGUGGACAUUGAUAAGGAGCCAUACCGCGGAAACCGAAACCUUGCCUGUGCUGAUACCAUCUGGUCAAUUGGCAAGGCCGGAGAUAGACAUGAGGCCUCCGAGACAUGGGGACCCCUCAAUGCGUACAUGGAGCCCAAGGUUAAGAAGAUCAUCGUGUUCGUCAACGAACGCGAGGAAGCCAACGAGGUUGCCACUUUCCUUCAAUCCAAGGGCAUCGACGCUACCUCGCUAAAUCGCGACACCGAUUCCCGGAAGCAACAAGAGACCCUCUCUCAGUUCACAGAGGUCAAGCUUCCACCGACUGCCGAGGAGAUCAUGAUCAAUAAGAAGAAGAACCGCGAUGCCGGCAGCAUUCCCUUCGAGCUCCCUGAACGUCAAGAGCAGCACACUCGCCGCCUUCCCGACACCAAGGUUCUUGUCACUACUGAUAUCGCCUCCCGUGGUAUCGAUACCCUGGCAGUGAAGACAGUGGUUCUCUACCACGUGCCUCACACGACCAUCGACUUCAUCCACCGACUGGGUCGUCUCGGUCGUAUGGGCAAGCGUGGUCGUGCUGUUGUCCUGGUUGGCAAGAAGGACCGCAAGGACGUCGUCCGUGAGGUUCGCGAGGGCAUGUUCCGUGGCCAGGCUCUGAUCUAG